ACUAGCUGUUACACCAAUUAAAGCUUCUACCGGUUCAACAAAACGAUUCAGGGUGGGUGAAGCACGUGAAGAUGAAAAUACUACUUGAUGAUGGCUUAUAGUAUGGUGAAAGUUGAUGUAGAAAAGAAAGGUCCCAUUCAUAGCUCAAGAGAAACAAAGCGAUUUCAAUAUGAAAGGGCUAAGCCUCAUCGAUGUUUCGUCCGAAGACGAUUCUCUCAUCAAUUCGCCACUCGCCGAUCCCAUAAACCUUAAAUCUUCAGAGAAAGGAAGUGAAACCAAGACUGUUAGGUUCGCUGUGGAUCCCGAGAGCGUAGAAAUGGCAGUAGGCUCCAUUGAAGAAGCUGGAAAGGUAAAGGAACCAUCGGAGUCUUCAGAACAAGAGAAGACAAGCAAAAAUGGAAAAUAUAAUUUACGCAAAAGUUUAGCAUGGGAUAGUGCUUUCUUUACUAGUGAAGGUUUUCUGGAGCCGGAGGAGUUGUCUAGCAUGCUGGGAGGCAAUGAGAAAGGUCAACUACAAGCAUUGCCUGGGAUUCAAGAGGAUGUAAACAAGUCUUAUGAUUCAUUAACAACGUUGGAUUCUGAGACUUUGACUUUGGAAAGUCUUGAGGCUGAUUUAUUUGAGGAUGUAAGAGCUUCAAUCCAGAAAUCUAACAAAGUUUCUGUCACUGCAAAUUCUAGUGGCAAAAAGGAGUUGAAAACAACAGAUACUAAAACUGUGUCAUCUUCAAAGAAGGUAGAACUUCCAACUCAAGAUAAGAAAAUCCAGAUUAAGCAGAAAGCUACUCCAAAGAAGCCUAAUGUUGGUGUCAAAGACUCUGGGAAAACAGUGAAGCAGGUUGUUGUCCAUCCACAAAUUUCACAGACUGUAUGGUCCGUUGCUAGAGCCGGAGAAUCAACUUCAUCUCUUCUUAAGCCACCAAAAGUAUUAAGUGGUGUUGGUCAUACACCAACCAAAAGGGCUUCCUUGGGUGCUAAGAAUGUCAAAAUGGAUAAGGAUGCAAAAACUGUUACUGGUAGAGGGACUACAGUAUUAAAAACUCCUGCCUUGGGUGGUUCUAGAAACAUUGUGCCUAGGCCUAAAUUAUCCUCCAAAUCUUCUUCCUGCUCCCCAGCCUCUAGCAAAACGGAGCUGACAUCUUCGUGUUCCUCACUUGAAAGUUGUGCCAGUUUUUCAUCUAACAGAACUAAUAAAUCUUCCUUGAAUUUGAUUAAACACAAAAAUGGCCCCCGAAUUGUUAACCCUUCCUCUGGUUCCACUAUUAGUGCUCGAUCCAAAAUAGCACCAAAAGGUAAAAUUCAAGCAGGAAGUUCAAAGCCCCCAACAUGUUUGAAGUCUUCUACAAAGUUCUCUUCCAGUAUAUCUCCUACAAGCUCUAUCAGUGAAUGGUCCUCAGAGUCGUCAUCAUCAAUCUCUGCCACUAAUCGAAGUUCUAAUGUUGUUAGAGAUAGCCUUGGCACUGGCUCCCGCAAGGGACUUACUACAAAACGUGACGCCCACCAAGUUCUGGACUCGCAGAACCUUCCUACUGGCUCAGAGGGAGAUGAUACUGAGGUUAAUGGCUCACUUGAUGAAAGUGAAAACAAAGUCUCAGCUGGAACGAGCCGGCUUCUUCAUCCAGGUUCAGUGAAACCCUCUGGCCUCCGAAUGCCAUCACCAAAACUUGGCUUCUUUGAUGGGGUACGAUCAUCGGGACAUACUCCAAAUGGGAGUAUGCUGUCUCAUUCUGGUGUAACUAGUGGCUUGCCUAAAAUUGGUACAAAAAGCACUAGUCAAAGUGGAAACUCAAACAAGGCAAAGAUUGGAAAGCUUCAACCUGUUAGAUCUCUCACUGUAAUCCAGAGCCCCAAGGUAGAUGUUAAACAAACUUCCUCUGCUGUAAAAUCGAGAUCUUCCUUGUCUAUCCAAAAAUCUCCGGUUGCUGCAACAAAGGUACCAAGUUCUUUGAGAAACCUUAAAACCUGUCCCGGCAUAUCUCCGAAACUCCAGAGUACAUCCUGUCCAAGAACUAGUAGAGAAAGUUACUCUAAGGCUCAGGGCAUUGGUUCAGCCGGGAAAGUAGAGAUUGUUCCUCUUGAUGGAGUAACCGAAUCAACUGCAGAUAUAGCUUCCAAGACCGAUGUUCAAAACACAAUUGCAUCAGAAGCUGAAAACAAGACAUACAGUUAUCCAUGCUUCAAGAAGGAAGAAGCUCCCGUUGAAGACCGAAUUGUCGCUGUUCAGAAAGAACCCAUUGCUGACUUCGAGAACAGUAUGUCAAAUCCCACUCCGACAUCUCCAUCCCCAAUGAUUUCUGAAGUUACUUGUGGCUCAAGGAUACCUUUCUCGGUCAAGGACUCUUUUUGCAAUACAGAUGCAUCACUUGAUGUUUUAUCGGGAUCAACAGUGGCGGCCGAGAAGACAACCGUAUUACCAUUGUCGGAGAGCACCUUGCCAGAGAAUAAUAUCUAAGUGGAACAGUCUAGUUUCAUAUUCUUUUUAAGGUACCUUGGUAUGUGCCUCUUUCCAAUUGUUCUUAUUUGGAAUUUUUGAUACAAUCUUGUAGAUGCAAUCAUAAACUCUGGUAAUUCAGUAGAAUUUGUACUCAGUUCCAUCACGGUUCGAAUUUCACCAAGUUCGAAUCUGAUAUUUUCUUUCAUGUAGGUAGUGUCUUAUGAUGCGCGUUUCGCAGAGUUUCCGGGCUGAACUUGAAGUUUUUAGGUUUAGAUUUAUCUUAGUUUGAGAAUUGAGAGCAAGCAUUAUAAGAUCUCAUGGAACAGAAUCAUGUCUGCAAAUCUCAACAUGUAAUGGAAUUUCUUGUUCUUAUGGAAUUUUGCUAAA